UGCGGGCUUCCCGGGCGGCGGCGGCGGGGCCGGAGCGGCGCGGCAGAGGGGGCAAGACCAGGGCAGGAGGGAACCGGCCGGCCGGCAGCGCCCUGCACAACCAGCAAAGAUGCUAUCCUUGCGGCUGCACACGGGCCACGAAAAGGCUGAGCUGCAGGAGCUCAACGCCCGGCUCUACGACUAUGUGCGCCGGGUGCGGGAGCUGGAGCGCGAAAACCUGCUCUUGGAGGAGGAGCUGCGCGGCCGGCGCGGGCAGGAGGGACUGGUAGCCGAGGGGCAGGCCCGCUGGGCCGAGGAGGCGCGCUGCUUGCGGCAGCAGCUGGACGAGCUGAGCUGGGCCACGGCGCUGGCCGAGGGAGAACGCGAUGCGCUGCGGCGCGAGCUGCGGGAGCUUCAGCUGCGGGCUGAGGAGGCGCGCGCUGCCCGCCGCCGCCUGGACACCGAGCUGAGCGCUGAGCGGCGCGAACUGCAGGAGGCUCUGGGCGCUCGCGCGGCCCUUGAGGCGCUGCUGGGCCGGCUGCAAGCCGAGCGCCGUGGCCUCGACGCGGCCCAUGAGCGCGACGUGCGGGAACUUCGCGCGCGCUCAGCCGGCCUGACCCUGAGCUACAGCGCCCGCGCCACCGGCCCCGUCGCGCCCCCGCAGCGCCUGCAAGAAGUGCACGACAGUUACACGCUGCUGGUGGCCGAGUCGUGGCGGGAGACCGUGCAGUUGUACGAGGAUGAAGUGCGCGAGCUGGAGGAGGCACUGCGGCGCAGCCAGGAGAGCCGGCGCCAGGCCGAGGAGGAGAGGCAGCUGUGCGCGCAGGAGGCGGAGGCGCUGCAGCACCAGGCGCUGGAGUUGGAGCAGCUCCGCGCGCUACUGGAGGAUGAGCUGCUGCGGAUGCGCGAGGCCUACGAGCUGCAGGCCGAGGAGCGGCAGAGUGUGAUCACCCACCUGGAGGAUGAGAAGGCCGCCCUCACCUUGGCCAUGGCCGACCGGCUGCGGGACUACCAGGAGCUCGUGCAGGUGAAGACCGGCCUCAGCCUGGAGGUGGCAACCUACCGAGCCUUAUUGGAAGGAGAACGUAAUCCAGAGAUAUUGAUCUUGACUGAGCGCAUCGAAAACCUGCCACGAGAGUUCAGAAACACGUCCUAUCGAUAUACCGACUCGGCGUUACAGAGGGAAAAUGAAAGAAACCUGUUUCUGAGGCACAAGGCACCUUCCGGGAGCUUCCCUCGCAGCUGGGCUCGGCCCGCGUCGCGGACAGCUGUUGGAAGCGCUUCCGGGAGACGCUUCCUGGGCCCAGGAUAUCCUCCUCUUACCACCUCCUGGCGGGAGGACGCUUACGAAAAAAUGGCCAACCGUCAAGCCAGCUUCAGGACUUUCUCUCCAAUGUCCGGGCUUGCAAGAAAUACUGAAGUUCAAGUGCAAACAUUCCCUAGUAGACCAAGACCGGAAGGUACCAAGGCUGGUGGUUUAGCCCGAGAGUCCACCCUCUCCCGGGAGUCAUACCGGGGAUGCAGGGACAAUGGGGUGGCAGGUGCUUCCGAAAGCACCGGGUCCAAUGAGAGGAGUGUCGUUUGGGGAAGGAAAACAGAAGCUCAAGGCAUUGCGGAGCAGGAGAGAAACAGAGCAAGAACCACCCACACGAAGCGAGAAGAGAAACUGUUCGAUUCUAAGGAGAAGGCUUCAGAGGAGAGAAACCUGCGGUGGGAGGAGCUGACGAAGUUAGAUAAAGAAGCGAGAAUGAGGGAGACCCAGCAAAUGAGGGACAAGGCGCAAGGGGAGGAGUUGCUGAAGGAGAAACGUGUAAGAGAGAGAGAGAUACCGAUCAGUCUAGAAGUAUCGCGGGGCGGCACAGCGGAGGGAACCGCGAAAGGCGCCCAGACCCCCCGACAGAAGGACGCGGGUGGUGGUGUUCCAGGCACAGGGGUGGACACGAGAGAGACGCGGUUCAGGUUGGACACCAGGGACGCCACGGGCUCUCUGAAAGGUGAUUCCAUGACCGAAACCAUAGCAGAAAGUAUCGUGUCCAGUGUCCUGAAGCAGUUCACCCAGUCUCCUGACAUGGAAGUGUCUGCGGAUUCUUUUCCGGACACAAAAGUCACGUAUGUGGGCAGGAAAGAGCUACCUGGUGGCAAGAAAACAAAGACGGAGAUCGUGGUGGAGUCGAAGCUGACCGAGGAAAUCGACGUGACCGAUGAGGCUAGCCUGGACUACCUUUUGGGCAAGGAUGUGAAGGAUAAGGUUGGGCUGAAAGGAAAAUCCACUGAGCAGAUGAUAGGAGACAUCAUCAGCCUCGGUCUGAAAGGAAGGGAGGGGAGAGCAAAGGUGGUCAACGUGGAGAUCACCGAAGAGCCCAUGAGCUCUGUGGGGGACAGGGAGGCCCAUGAGUUUUCAACCCCGUUCCAAGUGGAGGAGGCUGACGAUGCGUCCCCGGGCUCCAAGGGGCUUGUUGAGGAGGAAGGUUAUGGAGAAACAGAGGUCACGUUCUCAGCAAGUCAACUGAAGAAGACCAAGCUGUCCCAAGAGAACGUAACUCAUGUUGAAGAAGUGACAGAGGCAGGUGACUCAGAGGGAGAGCAGAGCUAUUUUGUGUCGACCCCUGAUGAGUCCCCGGAGCAUGACAUCGGGCGUGACAGAGAUGAAGGCUCCGUGUAUGGGCAGAUCCACAUUGAAGAAGAAUCCACCAUCAGGUACUCCUGGCAAGAUGAAAUCGUGCCGGUGUCUCGGCGAAAACAGGCGAGGGACCAUGUGUUGGGAGAGAAGGUGGUGGAGCCGCCGGCUGUUCCAGAACCUUCUCCGGAGGGGCACGUGGGUUCUCCGCAUUGGAUAGAACAAACCAGCAGCGGCGAAUUUCAUGCUGAAAGCAUGGUCAUUGAAAAGGAGAUUAAAAUACCCCAUGAGUUUCACAUGUCCAUUAAGAGAGACUUUAAGGAGCCCAGACACCAGCUGGUUGAGGUGAUCGGGCAGCUGGAGGAGAACCUUCCGGAGCGGGUGAAGGAGGAGCUCUCUGCCCUCACCUCGGAGGGCCAGGGCGGGCUGGGGAAACUUUCGGUUGAUGUGAAGAAAGUCCAGACCUCAGGCGGGGAGGCCACGACUUUGGUGGCGGAAGUCAACCUCUCGCAAACCGUGGAUGCCGAUCAGUUAGACCUGGAGGAGCUGAGCAAAGAUGAAGCCGACGCCAUAGAGAAAGCCGUGGAGUCGGUGGUGCGAGAUACUUUGGCCAAGCGACACAGCCCAGGCCCGGGAAGCCCAGACGGGGACCCCGGAGUGGCAGCCCCAGCAACCGGCUUGGGCUUCAAGCGCUGGGCCACCCAGGAACUGUACCGGCCCUCUGGUGAGGACAGCGAGGCCAGCCCAGCCCCUGACAGCACAGAAAGGGUCCCUUUGCAGGGUCCAGUGUCGGCCACCGUGGAGGUCACCAGCCCAAGGGGCUUUGCACAGUCACACGUGCUAGAGGACGUAACCCAGUCUGUAAGACACAUCACAGUAAGCCCCACGGGGGCCCGGAGGACUGAGCGAGUCCCGCCCGAAGGACCCCCUGCAGGAGAGGUAAGAGGGGCCGGCGGCCUGCGUCAGGAGCGAGCCAGCUGGUCCGUGAGGCACUUUACAUCAGGACCCGAUCAAAGUCAAGUGUCCGAAGAAAUCGUCUUCCAGGGGCCCGUCCCUGCCGGUUGGGACGCAGGGGGCACCGAAGGGGCUGGCCCCGCAGAGCUCUCCGCAGACAGCGGCAGACCCGGUGGCCGCUGCACGUUGGGCCCCACACAAUUCCACGCUCACAGGGAAAGGGGAUUUCAGGGCUCCUUUCCUGGGGCAGGGGAGGGCGGUGACUAUUUCCUCACAGAAGAGUCAGUGGGGACCCAGACUUUUGUCAAGCACCUUCAGCUAGGCCCCAGAGAGGGGUUCGGAGAGCAAAUCCAGGUCGCAGUGCCCCUUUCAGACCCAGUGGAGUUGGGCGUCCGAGAGUGGUUGGGGACCGGCACAUCCAGCAGGCACAUUACAGUUGGCUCUCAGAGGCUGCAGACCACCGAGCACGUAGUUCUGCGGCCUGGGGAGCUGAGCAGCUCGGAGAGCGGCGCCCGGGGAGAGGGCUCAGCAGACGGGACCUGGGCAGCUCACGGGUACUCUGUGGGGAGGACAGUCCCGGUGACUCUGGAGGGAGCCUUCCAAGGGGCCGGGUCCCAGCCUCCUCAGGAGGCUGGCGGGAGAGACACGUCAGGGGCAGAAGAGACGCUGGGCACGGGCAGAUCCUUCAGGCACGUUCAGCUGGGCCUUACAGAAACACAAACCUCUGAACGCAUUGUCUUCCCUGGGCCUGUUUCCCAAGUACCGGGCCUCACCGGUUCCAGGGACGCCCCUGCGCAGGGCGAGUCAGCAGAGAGCGGGACGCUACGGCACAUCGCGCUGGGGCCCAAAGAAACGUCGUUUACCUUUCAGAUGGACGUGAGUCACCUCGAAGCGACCCCCAGCUGGACCCCAGAGGGCACAGUCCUCCUCCCCGCAGGGACGGGAGCGGAAGCUCGUAGUGGAGCCUGGAGAAAUGCGGGCCGUAGGGGUGAUGGGGCGGUCAGCCCGAGCGCUCAGGGCCAGGGGCAGGCUCCGUUUGAUAAGACGGUGCAGCUACAGAGAAUGGUAGACCAGAGGUCGGUGGUCUCGGAUGAAAAGAAAGUGGCCGUCCUCUACCUAGACAAUCAGGGGGAGGAUGAGGAGGGGCAUUGGUUUUGAUGAAUAUUUGAAAUGGUAUCUGAUUGCGCAGCAUGCCAACACGCGAAGGCCUUUACUUAAGGGGGCGGCACCCACUCUUUAGGAAAACCUCCCCCUUCUUUUUAAUUUCUCCAAAGAGUGUCCCAGGCGAGGUCAACUUACUUUACAACCUGUAAAGGUUUUGAAUUGAUUCACGCCUUAAAAGGCGUUGGGAUUUGCUUUUUGAGUUGGGACUUUUGCAGAAAUACUUUGUAUCUUUUUUUGUCUUAAAAGUUGUUUUUUUUGGUGUGUGUGGAGUUUUCACUCCUAGAGACAGUUUGUACCAGUUCACACCUGGUCACAGAAAUGCCUGGCAUUGGUUUGAACUUUAGGUAAGCGGCCUAAACAGUAACCAGGCUAAAGUUACUUAGUAUUAAAGAGUAAAUUUACCUGCAUGUGCUAAUAAGAAACAGUCAACUAACCUUUUAAGGAGAAAAAAAAAAAAAUCAAUACGUUUUUCUCCCUUUCUGAAGUCUUUUCAACAAGAAAUCUGAGGAAAUGAGCAGACUGCUUACUAAUUAGGAGAAAUCUAAAUGCUUUCACUCUUAGGAAAAAAGGUACUUGUCAUAGAGCUAAAUUCACUUUAAGAUGUAAAUGAAUUGCUUUCUAUGCGCAGAACUUUUAAACAAUAUAGCACUUUAUUUAUGGAGAGCAUAGCUCCAGCCUAGAGUGGCAUUUCAGAUCAGGCUUGUGCUAUGUUGGCCCAGGUUCCGAGGACCUUCCCAGGACCCGUGUGCAGGGGAAGCGAUUGUUACAAGUCACUCGCGGUACCAUUUCUUCCCUGUGGCACUAGCUCUAAAGAUUCUUCUUUGGCCACGACCUAAGCUCUGGAGUUGCCAGCUCUUGUCAGGGGGUAUUUGAACUUCUCUGCGCUUUUGCUCUCAGCACGGAAACAUUUAACAUCACUGGUGGGAAGCAGACCCCGAAGCCAGGAAAGGGAAUGUUGAUGUUGGAAGGCCGCCUGGGCUGUGGGUGGUGAAAUCGGAAGCCUGGGGUGAAGGGCGCCCCCCCCCCCCGCCCCGCAACAGAAGGAGCCCUUCUCCGCCCACCGCCAACGCGGUGGGUGUGUCUCUGAGCUCCAAGAGGGAGAGAUGAAAAAUGACAACCAACACAGACAUUUUUGCACUUUCAAUGGGAGUCAUUACCAGGGGGUGGUUUUGUCUGAGAAAAUGAAGAACGCGGGAACUAGGAUAAGGUGUUUGGGGGAACAGAGUGGGGGCCUCUCCCAUCGCCCAGCAGUGAAGCCCCCAGAAAAGGACCUGCAAGACUGCAGAGGCUGCUCCCGUGGUCCCCAGCAUGGGGACCCGCAGAUCUAUGCCACUGCGUUUCAGAUAAUGGAAUGAGCGUGUUCUGGUGGAUCCGUUUUAUUUUACACAAGGCUAUUGUUUUUAAAGCUUCCAUCUUUAAAGGUGCAGCCUCAUGUUAGAUCUAGUAUCCUCAACAGCACAGCAGUAUUUUAAUCCCAAUUAGUCUUUGGCAUAAACAUUGUGUAAACUACGCUGCCUCUAACACAGUAUCAUAGAACUGCCUGCAGUGCACAGAUAAUCAUCAUCAUGGUUCUGUCGCCCUUGGGUGGGUUAUGAUGAAAGAGGGGUGAGUAUGGCAUUUGAGGUGCUUCCCUCCAGGUUCCCCAUGACAGCCCUUGGACUCCUAAGAUGCACGUCUCCUCAGCGCCGAGAAAUGGUUACAGCAGGAAGCUUAGGAAGAGUUCGUUUUCUCUAUUGAUGAGUGGAGGGAAAACGUAGCACAGCUUUUGGGGUGAUCGCGUUGAAAAACACUGCGAAUUGGGAAUAGGAAAUAGAUUUGAAUGGCUUUGUCGCCUACCAAAUGAACUAGUGGUUGGCACCAACCGGCCAGGGAGGUGAGGGCUUUGCAAACCAGGACUUCUCCUUUCUAAUGCAGUGCAAGGCGCGCUGACUGCGUUAGCUGUGAUUGUAACGGUGUUUGCACGAGGGAUUUAUCGGAGAGAAUUUGGUCAGGGCAGCAGCCUCCUGUUCUGAUGGAUGUACAGGCUGAUGAUGUGGAGCCGAUGAGGUGUGUCUGCGUGGCUUCGUUCCAUGCCACUGCCGUAGCUCACGGCCUUGGAAGCGGGUGCUAACGUGCGCACAUUAAUAUUGUGAUCCGCUCCUCUUCGGAAAAAUAAACAUCUGCGAUCCGAAUUCCCAUCUCUGUGUUGCCGUCUCUUUGAGAAGUACCUGCCAGGAGUGUUUAGCAAUGCGGAGUCAUGAGCUGCCCACGGUUACUGAAUCUGGUCACCUGGGAACUGGGUGCAUCCUGAACACUGGGACAGGCCACCCUCCAGCUUUGUGCCCUUCAAACCCUGUCCCUCCGGAGACAAUAGGAAUCAGCUCUGUCGUCAUUUGGGGGGGAGGGCACAGUCUUCCCCUAUUUAUUGUUGUUUAGAAGAACAGUAUUAACGGAGUGUUGCGCACCUUCCCACUGGUUGUUUUGAUGUUUGUUUAAAAUGUAUGUUUAGAAUGGAAUCAUCUAAAAAGCUUAUUUUGCCAAUCUCCUGUUCUUUACAAAGGGAAAUGUCACAAGAAUGUGUAAAAAUAAAAAUCGAAGGAAAAAAACCCAAAACCUCACUUUGCUCCUGAAGGGAAUGAAUGUUUUUCCAGGAAGUGCUGUGUUUUCUAUUUAAACCCUAAUUGAAACAUGUGUGUUUACAUGUGUUUUACAUGAUGGCAUGGAGUUACUGGGGAGAAUGCAUGGGAGAAGGCCCAGUGCUUUCACUCGCUGCUCAAACCAGAACUUGAUGCUGUUUGCGCAGAACCAGAAAGCAUGGCAGGCAGAGCCCAGACCAGCUGGCCUGUGUUCAAAUACGGCCUGGACAGUUGGUGCGAGAAUGCUAUCGUCACGGCCGGGAAGGCGGGGCCAGGAGAAGACUGACCAUCCCAUUUGCCUGGGACAUGGGACCUUCAUUGCUAAAAUCAGGACAGAGGAAUAGUUAGAUGCCCUUACCUGUUUGUAACCUUUUACCAAAAAAAAAAAAAAAAAAAAAAUCCACAAAUAGCAAUUGUCUUCCUCUCUUGUUGGAAUGAACACAGUUAAUAGAUGGGUGAUAUUUGGUACAAUAUUCCAAAAUUCAUUCUUUCCCAGGUGGUGGCUGCAUUUUCCAAAAUGUGUUUUAGUUCCUGCGAUUCCAAGCUAUUAUGCUCCAAGAAAUACAAAGAAGAGAAUGUAACAACAGACUAUUCGUCGGCUCAGGCUGCUAUAACAGAAUACCACAGACAGGGAGGC